AUGGGGUCCAAGGUGGCGGACAGCCACGGCGUGGACAAGGCGCGGAAGCAGAGCGCCCAGGCCAAGCACGCGCCCGCGGGCCUGCACGCGGCGCAGCCGAGCACGCCGAUGGACCACGUGCGCGCGAUCGCGAAGAAGCUCAUGGACAGCAACUACUUCAGCGCCUUCAUGACGGUGCUCACGAUCUACGCCCUCUUCGGCGACGACAUGAAGCUGACGCUGACGGACGUGACGGCCGACGACGGCUUCGUCGUCGCCGCGUGGAUCUGCGUCUUCUUCUUCUCGUUCGAGAUCGUGUGCAACAUCUUCGCCAACCCCCAUUACCUCUGGGGCUUCUACUUCUGGAUCGACCUCGUGUCGACGUUGUCCAUCCUCAUGGAGAUCCCCAUGGUCAUGAAGCCCCUCACGGGCGAGAUGGGCGGCGCUUCCGGGUCGUCCGCGGAGAUGGCCAAGGCGGGCAAGGCGGGCCGCGUGGGCACCAAGGCCUCCAAGGUGAUCCGCAUCGUGCGCCUCGUGCGCAUGGUCCGCGUCGUCAAGCUCUACAAGAUGCACAACGGCGCCGACGACGCCAUGCAGGACACGUCGCUCGAGCCGAGCAGCGUCGGCAAGAAGCUCACGGAGAUCACGACGCAGCGGCUGAUCUGCAUGAUGCUCGUCAUGAUCAUGGCCCUCCCCUGGCUCCAGUCCGGCUCCCUCCUGUCGAACAACUUCAACUUCCAGUACCACUUCCUCAAGCACCUCCACCAGUACCCGCAGAACUUCAACCGCACGGGCGUCGACGGGUCGCCCCUCGUCAGCGAGGCCGACUUCCGCCAGCAGGUGCGCUUCUACGCGCGCAAGUCCUACCAGGACGGCUACCCCUUGCUCUACCUCGAGAUCUGCGAGCCCCAGUCGGUGACGGACGUCUACGGCGGGCCCUACUCGUGGGCGAACUGCAACACGACGUGGACCCACGACGCCAUCCACGACAUGGUCUCCUCCGACUCCAACGAGUGGGGCUCCUUCAUGGAGCGGCCCGACAAGGGCAUCGGCAAGAACGGCUUCGACGGCGCGGAAACGCGCGGCGAGUCCGUCAUCAAGAAGCUCAACUACCGCGAAUCCUCGACCGGCGAGUUCUUCCAGAUCACCCAGGUCGGGUGCUACCGCGCGUCCGGCGAGGACGACCUCUACGGCGGCAUCAAGAACUGGGAGCCCGCGGGCGGCAAGAUGCCCGGCGAGGGCGAGCACCACAAGGCCUGGGACAUCCGCGUCGAGCAGCCGACGUGCAUAUCGUUCGCGGUCUUCAGCAACCGCGAGAAGAUGCGUUUACUUUCCGGCAUGAGCCUGCUGAAGACGCUCUUCAUCAUGAUCAUGAUCGUCGGCGGGUCGCUGGCCUUCAACCACGACGCGCAGAUCUUCGUCAUCGGCCCCAUCGAGCGCAUGAUGACGCUCGUGAAGCGCCUCGCGGAGAACCCGCUCGACUCCGCGUCCAUCUCCGCGGCGACGAUGCUCGAUGACGACAAGAAGAUCCAGGACCAGGGCUACGAGACCGUGCUGCUGGAGCAGACGCUCGAGCGCGUCGGCCAGCUCCUCCAGGUCGGCUUCGGCGCGGCCGGCGCGGAGAUCAUCGGCAAGAACAUGAAGACGGGCACGGGCAAGCUCAACGCCAUGGUCCCGGGCAAGAAGAUCACGGCCAUCUACGGGUUCUGCGACAUCCGCCAGUUCACGGACACGACGGAGUGCCUCCAGGAGGAGGUCAUGGUCUACGUGAACAAGCUCGGGAACCUGGUGCACACGGCGACGCACACCUACUUUGGGAUGGCGAACAAGAACGUCGGCGACGCCUUCCUGCUGUCCUGGAAGGUCUGCGACGGCGAGAUGGACGGCUUCACGAACUUCAGCGACACGGCGACGGAGGCGCAGCGCGUCAAGGCGAACGAGACGAUCCGCUGCGUCGCGACGAAUUCGGCGCUGCGCGCGAAGAAGCGCCAGAUCACGCCGAGCCAGAUGGCCGACGCGGCGAUCACGGCCUUCCUCAAGUGCCAGAUCGACCUCUUCAACGAGAACGUCGACGGCUGCCUCACGUGCUACGCGACGUACGAGGCCGUCAUCCGCCGCUUCGGGCCGGGCUUCUCCAUCAAGAUGGGCUUCGGCAUGCACGUCGGCUGGGCCAUCGAGGGCGCCAUCGGCUCCGAGCUCAAGAUCGACGCGACGUACCUCAGCCCGCACGUCGAGAUGAGCGACCGCCUCGAGGCGUCGUCCAAAAUCUUCCUCGCCAAGCUCAACGUGUCCCACUGGCUCCACAACCUGGCGAGCCCGGGCCUGAAGAAGUACACGCGGCCCAUCGCCUACAUCCGCGCCGAGGGCGUCACCUGCCCCUUCACGGUCUGGACGUACGACGUCAUGUACAACAAGAUCGGCUUCGGCAAGCCCACGAGCACGAUCAACCCCAAGACCAAGAAGCAGGACCUCACGGACUGGACCCACCCGGAGUACACCGAGAUCCAGGAGGGGCUCCACGCCGACUUCAUCGAGACGUGGCUCAAGGCCUACUCCGCCUUCGUCGAGGGCGACUGGCCCGCCGCGCGGCGCACUUUUCACUUGCGAUCUCCGGGCCGCGUGGGCUGCCUUCUCUCGAUGGGCGGAGCAUCGAUGCCACGCUGGCUGCGCGCGCUCCUGCUGGUCGUUGCCGCGCCGGAGGACCGAGCGGUGGCCGGGAACGCGACGGCGAACGGCACCGCGGCGCCGAGCCGGGCGCCGGCCGCGGCACCGCCGAACGGCACCGCGGCGCCGAGCCGGCCGCCGGCCGGGAACGCGACGGCGGCCGGGAACGCGACGGCGGCCGGGAACGCGACGUACGCGCCGAGCCUGGGCUGCUCGUCGACGCACGACGCCUGGGCGUGCCAGGUCGCGAACGGGACGGCGUUCGCCGCCGACGCGGGCUGCGCCGCGGCGCCGGGCGAUGGCGCGUGCGCCGCGGGCUUCGAGUUCGUCGCCGGCGGCGACGCCGGCGGCGGCCGCCUCGUCACGCGCUGCUUCUUCGGCGCGGCGUGCGCGUCGGGCUGCGACGUCGACGUGUGCUACGAGUUCCACUCCCGAAAGGGCCGCGAUCGGGACCCGUCGUGCUGCGCGCUCGAGGAGCGCGCGUCCUGCCUCGAGGGCUACCGCUACUCCCGGGGCGCCGUCUGCGAGAAGCGCCUGGGGUGCACGUCCUACGCGACGUGCUGCGCGCCCUGCGCGCCCGGCGAGCCGUGCGAGUCGAGGUCGCCGAUCUUCGGGCAGACCGCGUCCUGCGCGAACCUCUGGGGCGUCUUCGUCGUCGGCGCGUCGGUGGUGCUCGUCAUCCUGCUCUGCUUCAUCUCGUGCUGCUGCUUCCACUGGCUCCGCUUCCACUGGUGCGGCCGGCCGGCGCUCGCGCGGCACCGGCGGCAGCCGCCGGCGGCCCAGCCGCGGCGCGCGCGCGGCUGCGAGCUCGUCGUCGCGUCCGCGACGGCCGUCGACCUCGCGGCCGUCACGGUCGUCGACGAGGGCGGCUUCGACCCGGACGUGCCCGUCGCGAGCGCGGAGGAGGUGCGGCCCGUGAAGGCGGCCGUGCGCCCCGUCGCCGGCUAA